UUAUGUUCCUCCCACUACUAGAGGACUUUAAUACUGCUGGGGAAUAUAGUUGGGGAAGCGCAGCUCUAGGAUGCUUAUAUAGGGAGCUACGUCGUGCAUCCAUUGUUGAUAAGUUACAGGUAGGUGGUUUCAUGCUCCUUCUUUAGGUGUGGGCAUGGGAGAGGUUUCCACAUAUUUCUCCACGUCGUUUGGGAAGUUUCAGAUACCAGAUGGUCCUCUUAUCACACGGUGGCACAAUAGGUUUUAGGUUACUGACUUGUCCACUCAUGUCUUACGGGAGUACCGUUACACCUUUGAUAGACAAAACGAUGACCAACUGGUGUGGCAACCAUAUCCACCUCGUGUCAUCGAUGCACUCCCGUUGUACUGGCGGGCUGGUUCAGACAUAUGGUUGACAAGUUCACCACUUAUUUGUUUUGCCAUUAUAGAGAUGCAUCAGCCAAAUAGGAUACUUCGACAAUUUGGCAUGCGCCAACCUAUUCCAUCCCCUUCUCGGUCACUUGAUGCAGCCCACGGUGUUGAUUUGAGAGGGGGAGCAAAUGAUUGGGCACAGACUCACAGAGUGUCAAUCGCAAUGUGGGAUAAUCGGCAAGAUCACAUUGUUCAGGGUGAGGCAUAUGAUGGUGUUACGCAUCACGAUGACGCGAAUAAGGAGUGGUAUCAACGUCACACGCGCCAAUUCAUUGGUCGCCUAGGCUGCUCAUUUGAGAAACUGGAAAAAAACUUAGAACAGAUUUAUCAUCUCUUGGGUGAGGAUUCAGAGGCCUAUGUACUAGCUGGCAACACACUUGCGCUGUUGAAGGAGCAACAGUCCUACUUCAGGAUUGCACCGCUACCGCCACCAGAAGUAGCAACACCAACACCUCUAGAACCUGAUUUUGAUGGCUGAUAACCUGAUUUUGA